AUGGCACCUUCUAUUUAUGAGGAAUUAACAUUUGUUAAUUUGAGUGUAGAAAACUUUAAUUUAAAUAAUAAUUAUUCUAGCAGAAGUAAUGGAAUAUGCCCUGAUAGUAAAUUUAUUUGUAAGGAUAUAGUUCACCAAUUUGGAAUGAAAGUAGGUGUACUUGAAGGUUAUAUUCAUCAUAAUUUUGAUAGUCAAUACAUGACACAAUCAUUUCAAAUAUUACUUGAAGGAAUUGGAUAUAUUACUUUAUAA